UCGAGGUUUUCGUCUAUUUUUGGUCUUAGCUGCCUGUUUUGUUCCUAUUUUGCUUCUUUUGAAAUAUACAAACAUUAAUCUACUUUAUUUACUUCAUAAAAAUGAAAGCAUUUUGACAAAUUUUACAUUGGCUAUUUCUAAUGUACAAAAACAUUAUAAAAUGGAAAAACCAAGAAAAGAUCCUUGUAUUGGAAGUCAAAUAGAGCUAGCUGUGUUUGUUAAUACUAGAAGAGAAUUGUUUCAUAGACGUAUGGGAAUUAGGAAUAGUUGGGCUAAAGACGCGGUAAAAAAUAAUUUAAAUUAUUUGUUAGACAAAUUUAUUUAUUAUUAUGUGUUUGAACUUGGGUAGCACCCCGAGCCUUUGGGGGCGGGAUCGUCGGGGAUCGGGGUUUACCGGAGUAGAGCCUUCGGGGUUCGGGUUGCGGUUUUUGCCAAAAAAUUUGUCGGGGAUGGGAGUAGGGUCGGGAUUUUCAUGCACGGGAGUGGGCGUCUAGGAUCGGGUUUUGUUGGAUUAAAGACUUUGGGGUUCGGGUCGGGGUUUUUGCUUAAAAUUCGUCGGGGUUCGUGUCGGGGUUUCG